AUGUCUGCCUGUUCAGAACGCGUCAAAACGUGCCAAACUUGCGCCAGGGCCAAGAUCCGGUGCUUGCGCACGCCUGGUGAGACGGUCUGCGAUCGCUGUCUGCGCCUGAACAAACAAUGUUAUUUCCGUCCGGCUCGCAUGCGACAAGCAUGGUCGAAAAAAGAGAGCCGGCUUGAGUCGCUGGAGCGACGAGUCGAGGAAUUGCUGGGUCAACAAUCGCACGGGGGUUGCAGCCAGCACAGUGACCAUGACCAAAGCACUCCGCGCACAACCUCAACCGCCGGCGACGUUAUCGACAGAGGCGUUGUGACGCUUGGCGAAGCAGAUGCGCUGCUAGACUCCUUUCGUCGGCUAAUGAUGCCUCACUUUCCCUUUGUCGUUGUGCCUCCUCAAAUGACCGUUAGCGAGCUUCGUGAACAGAAGCCCUUUCUCUUCCUCGCCAUCCUCUCUGUCUCGGUGACGCGCGAUGUGGAAUUACAGCGAUUCCUCGACGAGGAAACUGCAGCUGUCUUGGUCAAGCGAACAGUAAUAGACCACUGCCACAAGGCAUCGCUGGAGACCAUACAGGGGAUUCUCGUGUCAGUCGCAUGGGGACAACAUCAAGCGGGUGCAAAGGGACCAAAACGGCACGCGCCGCGAGACUUUUCAAACUAUCUCCAUCUGGCGAUCAGCCUUGUAGUGGAGCUGGAGCUGGAUCGUCCCGUCGAGCUCCGCAAACGCUGUCCGCGCAUGACGAUCGACAUAAUCAGUCCCAUUGCGCGACCGCUGCAUAUUCUACAGGACGAGCAGAGGGCAGUGGUUGGAUGUUCAUUCCUUGCGUCAUGCUCCUCCGUCAUCACUCAAAAGACCUGCACAUUCCCAUGGUCCUCCCGCGUAGAGGCGUUCGCGCUCGAGCUGAGCGAGAAGGGUGAAUAUGCAAGCGACAAGUCCCUCAUCCAUCUCGUCCGACUCCAGUAUCUCUUCGAGCAGAUUGAUCACCUCUCUGCAGAUCCCAACAUUCCCACCGCAGGGUACACCAGCCCUAUUGGUGAUAUGGAUGCGUAUCUACACUUAUUCCGGACGAUGUAUAGUGAACUCCAAAAAUACACCGCGCAACUCUCACCACAUUUUACAGACAACAACUUCCUCCUAGCAGCACAGCUGCACACGGUCAACCUCUACCUGUGCCAAGUAAGCCUAUUCGAAAAAGACAGCAUCGCCCAGCUCCCUCACUCCGUCCGAGUUGACAUCCUCUGCCACGGCCUCGCAACGGCGCGAAGCUCCUUCGACGCCUUCCUAACCAUCGCCCUCAACACCGAACGCUACCUGAGCUACUCGCAAUGGCUCCAAACGGGCUUCUGCCUGAUUCUAUCCUGCAAACUCGCACUAAUGGCCGCAUCGGAUAAAUCCAUGCGCCUGAACGAACCCCGUGUCCAGGCCCUGGUCGAUAAGCUCGACAUGAUCUGCGUCCUGGAUACUUGCGUCUCGAGACAACUUUCUCAGGAGCCCGAUCGCAAAACAGGAUUCGAUUACUCGGGCUGGUUGCAGUGGAUUCAGGAGUGGUUUGAGAGGCAUUACAAUGCGUCUACAUCGCGGGAGAAGGUAUCGCAAGGGGGAAUUGCCGUCGAACAUACGAUCGUUCCUGUGCAUCCUCAGCAUCAACCGACGCACUCGGCGGCGCCGUUCUGUACAGCUGACGACCUGGGGAUUCCGGUCUCUGCGGAGGAUUACAUGCCGUGGCCGGGCUUUCCGGGUGUGCUUCCCAGUGAUAAUGUUCUUGAAAAGGCAUCAUCUCGCAUUUCAGCGCCGAAUGUGAGGAUCCCAGAGGCAGACAGGCGAAAGAACGAGUUCUCGUUCAUUGAGUCAACGGUCCUCCGCAGCAACGCAGCGCUCACAGCGCUCGCAAAGCCCCAUUACUAA